GCAAGAGCAGCCGGCAUGGAUGCAGAAAAUCGCGUUAUUAUCAACGUCGGCGGCAUUCGCCACGAGACUUACAAGGCGACACUGAAAAAGAUUCCGGCAACACGACUUUCUCGCCUCACAGAAGCGUUGGCGAACUAUGACCCGGUUCUCAACGAGUACUUCUUCGACCGCCACCCGGGCGUCUUCUCCCAGGUGCUCAACUACUACCGCUCGGGGAAACUGCACUACCCGACCGACGUGUGCGGGCCGCUGUUCGAGGAGGAGCUCGAGUUCUGGGGCCUCGACGCCAACCAGGUGGAGCCCUGCUGCUGGAUGACGUACACGCAGCAUCGCGACACGCAGCAGACGCUUGCAGUGCUCGACCGGCUCGACCUUGACACGGAGAAGCCCAGCGAUGAGGACGUCGCCCGCAAGUUCGGUAUCGAGGAGGAGUACUUUUCCGGCAACAUUCCCUUCUGGAAACGACUGCAGCCGAAGAUAUGGGCGCUCUUCGAUGAGCCGUACUCAUCAAAAGCUGCUAAGAUCGUCGCUGGAAUGUCAGUUUUCUUCAUCGUCAUCUCGAUACUGUCGUUCUGCUUGAAGACGCAUCCACACAUGCGGGUACCGCACAUUCGCAACGUCACCGUUCACAUCUCGCCCAACAUAACCACGUGGACAUUAGAUAAGGAGAGGACGGAAGCACACGGAGCAUUUUUCUACAUCGAGUGUGUGUGCAACGCCUGGUUCACGUUUGAAUUCAUCAUCCGGUUUAUCGUGAGCCCCAACAAGUUCGAUUUCUUACGAGCCCCGGUGAACAUUAUUGAUUUCGUUGCUACGAUGUCGUUUUAUAUAGACUAUAUGUUAGGUAAGUUAAAUUUCAACAACGCGGAUAUCCUUGAGUUCUUCAGCAUAAUACGUAUCCUGAGACUGUUCAAGCUAACGAGGCAUUCACCUGGUCUCAAGAUUCUCAUCCACACGUUCAAAGCCAGCGCCAAGGAACUGACGCUCCUGAUAUUCUUCUUGGUUCUCGGCAUAGUGAUAUUUGCCAGCUUAGUGUACUAUGCAGAGCGAAUACAGGACAACCCACAAAACGACUUCACGAGCAUUCCCGUUGGGUUAUGGUGGGCAAUUGUCACCAUGACCACUGUCGGCUACGGUGAUAUGGUGCCGAAGACAUAUGUUGGUAUGUUUGUGGGCGCCCUCUGUGCGCUGGCUGGUGUACUGACGAUAGCGUUACCCGUGCCCGUCAUCGUUAGCAAUUUCGCCAUGGUCUACUCGCACUCUCAAGCUCGGGCCCGGCUGCCAAAGAAACGCCGGCGCGUAUUGCCCGUAGAGGCUCUGCGUGCUGGACCUCCGAUCCCUUCACACGGCAAAGGCCCCGGUGGUACUGGCCCGCCCGUCAACCGUCGCAUGAAUGCCAUCAAACACCAAAACCACCCGAUCAAGGACAGGGACAACAACAUUAAUAAAAUAGAUAUGCGUAUGGGUGGUAACCCAGGACCAGAGACUCUGUCAAUGUGA